AUGGGAAGACUUCAAGCUCUUUUGGAAGCAAGAGGUUUGCCAUCACAGUUAUUUGGAGCACUAGGCCCACGAAUGCAUCAAUUCUUACAUAGAACAAUGAGUGGUGGUACAAUGAGUAAAGUUCAGCAACUUCUACAAGGAUUACAAGCAACAGGGGAUGAAGGUCAACAGUUAACAGCUGUCAUGGAAAUGUGUCAGCUCUUGGUCAUGGGAAAUGAAGAUAGCUUAGCUGGAUUUCCAGUAAAGCAAGUAGUUCCUGCAUUGAUUAGCCUUCUUCACUUGGAGCACAAUUUUGACAUAAUGAAUCAUGCUUGUCGUGCGUUAACCUACAUGAUGGAAGCACUCCCAAGAUCUUCAGCUGUGGUUGUAGAAGCAAUUCCAGUAUUCUUAGAAAAGCUUCAAGUUAUUCAGUGUAUGGAUGUAGCUGAACAAGCUUUAACAGCAUUAGAAAUGAUAUCAAGACGUCAUAGUAAAGCUGUACUACAGGCUGGAGGAAUAGCUGCUUGUUUGAUGUUCAUAGACUUUUUCAGUAUCACAGCUCAAAGAAGUGCAUUAGCUGUAGUAGCAAAUUGUCUUCAGAGUCUUACUUGUGAUGAUUUCCAUUUUCUAAGAGACUCACUCCCACUAUUAAGUUCCAGAUUAAAUCACCAAGAUAAAAAAUCAGUAGAAAGUGUCUGCAGUGGAUUUUCAAGAGUUGUUGAAAAUUUCCAGAAUGAUCAACGUUUGCUGAAAGAAAUAGCUGUACACGGUUUACUCACCAAUCUUCAACAACUAUUAGUUGCCAGUCCACCUAUUGUCAAUUCAGCAACAUUUGUUAUGGUAGUACGUAUGAUGGCAAUUAUGUGCGGAAACUGCCCAGACCUUGCAGUUAUUCUUUUGAAACAGAGCAUAGCAGAUACAUUAUGUCACUUGCUGGUCGGUCCUCAAGAUGAAAACAGUACACAGAUUGAACUAGUAUCCAGAACUCCACAGGAACUUUUUGAAAUAGUUUGCCUUAUUGGAGAACUUCUACCUAAACUACCUGCAGAUGGUGUAUUUCGAAUUGAUUCCCUUCUUGGUAGAAAUGCUGGAUUUAGUGUUGAUACUAUAGCAUGGCAAUGGCAAGAUGAUAGAAAUAUAUGGCACUCUUAUACACCCAUUGAUAGCAGAAUCAUUGAAGAUGCUUACAAUGCUGCAGAAGAUGAAAUAAGUUUAACAACAGUUGGAAGGACAUACACUGUGGAUUUUAAAUCCAUGCAACAGAUAAAUGAAGAUUCCGGAACAGCUCGUCCAGUUCAGAGAAAGAUUCAUUCUUCAGGACAACCACAACAACGUGGAUCUGACUGUUCACUUGAUUGCUGUGACUCCAGAGAAGAAUUUCUUAAAGAAGAUCACCAGCUUGCAUCAAAUUUUAUCCAGUCUUUAUUUGCAGUACUGUAUGAGGUCUACAGCUCCUCACCUGGUCCUACAGUUAGACACAAAUGUCUACAGACAAUUCUAAGAAUGGUCUAUUUUGCUGCGGGUGAUCUCCUUAAAGAUGUGCUGAUAACCCAACCAGUUUCAAGUCACAUUGCUGGAAUGAUGGCUUCUCCAGAUUUGAAAGUUGUAGUUGGUGCUUUACAAUUAGCUGAAAUUUUAAUGCAGAAAUUACCAGACAUUUUCAGCAUCUACUUCAGAAGGGAAGGUGUCAUGCACCAAAUAAAAAGACUCUCUGAAUUAAAAGUUGUAGUCCCCAAAACACCAACAGAAAAAGAACCUGGUGGAGCAUCAUUUUUUAAUGCUGGACCAUCAGGUGGUGCCUCUGCUUCAAAGCAUAGCAAAUCUGCAGUAAGAGUUAAAGAAGAUACAUCUACAGCUUCUAAUACAUCUUCUGAUGAUCAUGGACCUGCAUCGUCACACAUGUUCUUCAGGUUGGGGGAUGUCUUGAAAAGAAAACACACUCCCAAACGUCCAAGGAAAGGAAGUAAACCUGAAGAUCCAUCAGAGAGAAAGCAUUCCUCUGACAACUCAGAUUCAAAAUUAAGUGGUGCUACCCCUAAAAUGUCUUUCCUGCCCAGCCUAAGAAGUUGGAGUAGAUUGAGUAAUUCCAGCCAUUGUGAAAGAAUGUCAGUCUCCAAGGAAUCUGAAUCCCACAAGUUUGUCAGAUGUUCUGAGAACAACAAGGAGAAAAUUAGAUCUUGGAUUAAAGAGGAGGCAACAAAAUUCCUUGAAAACAACACCACCACAGAAUCCUGGAGCAAUAGUCAUCCUUCUGUACAGAUUCUUGGUAAAUUAUGUGAUGCUGCAGAGGCUCUUACAGUUGAAAAUGAUAAUGGAUUAGAACCUCUUCAACAGAUAGCAACUAUAACACGAGAAAGCGACAUAUCACCAUUUGAGAUUAUCCACAGCGGACUGGUUAAGAAACUUUUACAAUAUCUAACGAAAUCAAAUGGUGCAAUAAACAGAAACGCCCGAAUUCAACGCUUUUUGCAUGUCUUCCUGUCUUGCCCCCCUCCUGAUGUGAUCUACAUUAAAGAUAUGCCAGGGGAAUUAGAUGGUCCACCACCCUUGGCUGUCUUAAUAAACAAAUUAUUGGGUUGUCUUCAUCAGUUGGAGCAGUUUCAGAUUCGUGUCCACGACUUACCUGGGGCAGGAGGCAUGAGUGGAAGAGGAUCAAAUGCCUUGAAAUUUUUCAGCACUCAUCAACUUAAAUGUAAUCUACAACGACAUCCUUCAGCAACCAAUCUCAGACAGUGGAAGGGUGGUCCCGUGAAGAUUGAUCCUCUAGCUCUAGUUCAAGCUAUAGAAAGGUAUUUGGUUAUUCGUGGAAUUGGAAAGGUAAAGGACGGUGAAGAAGAUAUCAGUGAUGAUGGAAAUUCAGAUGAAGACUUUGAAGACACCAUGUCAGCUGUGUGCAUCAGUCAAGGAACAGUUCAACAUAAAUUGGAGUUCUUGAUUGGAGAGAGACCUUUGUCAUAUGAAAUGACAGUUUAUGAAGCCAUUAAGCAGUUUAGUCAUCCAAGUGAUAGAGAAUCAGAUUCUGAAUCAGAAGCACCCAUUGGUAAUGCUAAAAUCUGGGCUCAAACUCACACCAUUUGGUACAGAGCUUACAGUGACAAGGAAGAUACUCUUAAUGAGGGUCCCAAAAAGAAAGGAGACCACACCAAACCAAAAACAAGCAAAAAGUCAGAAGACUCUCACAAACAUAAGAUGGAACAUAAAGCAAGAACACAAUCUCUUGUGAGCUCAUACUUAACUGAUCAGUUACCUGUAUAUUUGACUGUGCAAGAUACCUCAUUGGAAGUAAUAUCAUUACUUAGAGUGAUCCAUGCUAUUAAUAUACAUUGGUCAACCUUUUAUGAAAUUUCAUUUUUCCCAAAACCUAUUCUACCAAUCUCAGACUUCAUCAGCAGUAAACUGACUGCCAAAGCCAAUCGCCAACUUCAAGACCCUUUGGUCAUUAUGACUGGAAAUCUGCCGAAAUGGCUGGGAGAAUUGGGAUCUUUCUCAUCCUUCCUCUUCCCAUUCGACACCAGACAGUUGUUGUUCUUUGUCACAACCUUUGAUCGUGAUCGAGCCAUGAUGAAACUACAACAAGAUAGUGGUGGAGAUAAUAGUCAGAAUGACAAUGAACGAGUAGCACCAAGAUUGGACAGAAAGAGAAGAAUGGUUAAUAGAAAUGAUCUCUUGAAACAAGCUGAACAGAUCAUAGAUGAACUUGACAAGUCUAAAGCUUUGUUGGAGAUUCAGUAUGAAAAUGAAGUAGGAACUGGAUUGGGUCCAACUCAAGAAUUUUACUGCUUAGUCUCACGAGAAUUACAACGAGCUGAUUUAGAUUUGUGGAGAGGAGAAGUUAUUGAUAUGACCAGUCAUGCUGAUCCAGAUACGAAAAUUCAGUUGAUGCAUUCACCUUGUGGCCUUUUCCCUGCUCCGUUACCCAAAUCUGUGAAAGCCUCCUACCUUCAGAAAAUCAAAUCAAAAUUCAGAUUUUUGGGGAAGUAUUUAGCCAGAUCUUUAAUGGAUUCUAGAAUGUUAGAUAUUAGAUUCAGCCAGGUCUUCUUUAAAUGGUGCUUAGGACAGGAGGAGAGCUUGACCUCAGCUGAUCUCAUCUACAUUGAUCCUGUUUUGGCUCGGUCACAUAAACAACUGGAGGCCAUUGUUCAUCAGAAAAAACAAAUCGUAGCCGACAAGUCUCAUACAGAUGAAAGUCGACAACUAGCUUUAGAUAGUCUAACCAUGGAUGGCUGUAGUAUUGAUGAUCUUAACCUUUAUUUUGUAUUACCUGGAUAUUUCCAAGUCGAAUUGAAAAAAGGUGGGAAAGACAGUCAAGUUUCUUUGGAUAAUCUAGAAGAAUACCUUCAACUACUUGUACAAUGGAAUUUAGUUGAUGGUGUUUCACGUCAGUUCCAUGCAUUCCGCGAGGGAUUUGAAUCUUUAGUAUCAUUAAAUUCAUUACAAUGUUUUUAUCCUGCUGAACUUGAACAGUUGUUCUGUGGUAAUAUCAAUGAAAUUUGGGAUAUGAAAAUGUUAAUUGAAUGUUGUAGACCAGAUCAUGGUUACACUCAGGAUAGUCAAGCAGUGAAGUUUUUGUUCGAAAUUCUCAGUGAUUAUAAUUCUAAGGAACAGAGAGACUUUAUUCAGUUUGUGACUGGUUCUCCAUGUUUACCAGUUGGUGGGUUCCGCAGUCUUAAUCCACCAUUAACAAUUGUACGCAAAACCUUUGAAUCAACAGAAAAUCCAGAUAACUAUUUACCAUCAGUAAUGACCUGUGUGAAUUAUUUAAAACUUCCUGAUUAUUCAACAAAAGACAUAAUGCACGAAAAGAUAAAAUUUGCUGCUCAAGAAGGACAGCUUUCGUUUCAUUUGUCUUAA